AUGGCCACUAUAAAUCAAAUAAAAAGAGGUGCCGUCAAACCUAAUCAUAAAAGACCAACAGGUGCUCCACAUUUAGACAGGUGUCCAAUUAAAAAAGGAGUUGUGCUAAGAGUUAUGGUUUUAAAACCUAAAAAACCAAAUUCAGCUUUAAGAAAAGCUUGUAGAGUAAGAUUAACAAAUGGUGAAGUUGUUUCAGUUUAUAUCCCUGGUGAAGGUCAUAAUGCUCAAGAACAUAGUGUUGUUUAUGUUAGAGGUGGACGUUGUCAAGAUGUACCAGGUAUCAAAUAUCAUUGUAUACGUGGUGCUAUGGAUUUGAGUGGUGUUGCCAAUAGAACCACUUCAAGAUCAAAAUAUGGUGUGAAAAAACCUGCAAAGGCUGAAUAG